AUGCCUUCUGAUUCGGAAAACCCUGCUAGGUCGAUCUUCACUAAGAAGCCGAUGCUAAUAAAGGUCGGCAAAGAUAGUCGGAAUUACUAUGCUCACGAAGGCGUUCUGGAUGCCUGUCCCGCAUUUGACAUCGAGUUUGAGUUUAUACUUGACUGGACUGCUUUUGAUGAACAAACUGUGGAAUGUGUCUUGAGUUUUCUUUAUACUGGAGAUUACCCGGUGAAUCUUCCCGCUUUGGAGAAAAGCCAGAAAACGGAAGACUUCGCCGAGGACACCGAAGAUGAGCUUCUGGAAGAACCAGAGGAUGCAGAUGCAGCAACAGAGGAAGAUGAACCAGAGGAAGCGGUAACGGUAGACGAAGAAGAGGCGAAAGAGGAGGAAGAGGAAGAACAAGAAGAGGAAGAAGAAAAAGAAGAGGAGCAAUCCGUACAAGAGCCACAGUCACCAGCAAGUGAGCUAGCAGCACCAGAAAUAGACGCCAUACACGAGCGAAGCUGCCAAUCAGAGCCAACAUCAGCCCCAACUAUUUCCAAUCCCCAGUCAGAAGUGGGAGACGAUCUGAUUUCUCGACCCCUAACACCUAUCCGAGAAUGUCCAGGGAUAAGAAUGCCCGACAAUUUCACGCCAACAAAAAGACAAGAAGAGCCACAAGAAAACGAAGUAGCAGAAAUCUACCUGCACGCAAAAGUCUACUCCUUCGCCUGUCAUUACGAUUUCACAAAGCUGCAAGAGUUUACUCUAAACCGCCUCGCUCAAAUCCUUGAUCGUCUUCAGCGAACACAGCUUACUUUGUUCCCGUACCUGGCUGAUGCUAUUCGAUUGAUCUAUACUAGCACCGAAGCCGGUGAUUCCGCGAGAUACCUGCUUUCGCAGUUCGUUGCAUUAGAAUACCUCGCCCUGUCAGGCGAGGAGAUGAACAAGCUUGUUGCAGAGGGAGGGGACUUUAUGGUUGAUGUUUCGGAGAAGCUUACACGAAAGAUCGGCUCAUUAUCAUUGGAGGAGAAGGUUGAAGAGCUCAUCGCGAAGAAUUUACAGUUGGAGUUCGCGGCUGCUGCUCGUCAGGAGGCUUUGAAAAGUUUGAAAGAGGAGGUGGAGGGCUGGGAGAGCUGGAAUCGGCAGCUUGCUUUCGCGCAGCGGAGAAAGGACUGGGAGAGGUAUCAGAUUUUUACAUAUGAGAUCUGA